AUGAAUAGUAUGGGGAGUUUAGUAAGCAGAGAACAUCCGAUUUACCACGUAAGGAAUUAUAACGAACCUAAUGAAGAACUAGAUAAACUACAUUAUCCUUUUUGUGAAGAUUUAGGAGAUAAAGAAGUUUAUUAUUUAGACACAGAAUUUCAACCGAAGUGGCAAUUAUACACCAUCAAUCACCCUAACUUUAUAGAAAAGCUUGCUGAUACAGGAGAAAAUGAUUUUUAUACUGGUAGCACAUUUGCUGGGGUAGGAAGUGAAGCAAGUAAUUGUUUUUAUGAAGCUAAUCCAUAUUCAGGAGAAAGAGCAAAGCAAUUACAUUUCGAACUAGCCACUAAGGAUUACACUACUGACCCAGAAACAACAGUCAAUUCUCAAAUAAUCCAAACGAUAAGCAAAAACCUUGAAAAACAUAAACACCUAAUCAAUCAUUCUACUUUCCAAUUUUGUUUUAAUCAUGAACCUUUAUUUCCUGCUAAUUUAAGAUACUUGAACUUUAAAUAUGAAGAUAACAAGUGGCUAGUCAAAUAUCUUCUUAAAGUUAAAGCAACACCAGCAGGAAUUUUAUACACUUUUUUAAAAGUUAAGCAAACUGUUCCUUCUAGCAAAACUUUAAAGAAACUAUUAACGGCAGCCAUGGUUGUCGUGACAGUCACGGGAGCUUUUAUGUUGGCUGGUGCCAUUGGAGCUGGGGGAGCAGGUUUGGCUGAUGGUGCUGCUCUGAAUGCUGUCAAGGGAGAUUUAAGUAAACUUAAUCAAGCUAAUCAGCUGUUAGCAGGAGCUAAAUCUCUCUUGCCGGAUGAAAAUGGCAAUGUCAGUUAUUCAUUCAGCAAAAUACACGUUUCUAAUACUUUAAAAAACAAUCUUCUUCACAAUAACAACGAAAAUCCAAUAACUUAUCCUUUGAAUAUUACUUUUCCUAAAUUUGGAAUGAUAUUAAGAAAAGGUUAUUAUCAAAGCAAUAAUUUAAGAUUAGCUUAUGACCCAGGAAAAUUUUUGGCUAAUAAAUUUAAAGAAGGAAUAACUUUUUUUGAAGAUAUGGAAAAAGAUUUCCCUAAACCCGAUUUAGGUAUUAUCGGAGCGACUAAUUUAAUUAUUUAUAACUUAGGAGAUGCCGGAAGGUAUGAAGGUGAAGAAAUUAAAGACACUGACGGACACACCCACGGAGGAUUUGAUAUCAAGUUUGAUAAGCCCGUCAAAGAAUUCAUUGAUGUUUAUGCUUGUAUUGGUUGUGGAGCUUUGGGGCAAGGUUUUACAACUUUACAUAGUGGCUAUGAUAGUGGUAGUUCAGAUAGUUUGGAUAGAGUGAUUACUGGUAGCAAAGGAGAUGUUUGGGAAUUUACCGGAGAAUAUAUCCGAGACGGACAAGGCAGAAGUUUCCAAGAAGCUUAUGGUUUUAUUCCGGCUGGCGGCACUAUUCCACCCGGAGGAGGGGAUAUUGAAAUUCCUUUGGGAGAAAUAGAAAUACCGACACCCGAACCCAGAGAUGGUGAUAUUGGUCCUGAUAAUGACCCUAUUGACCCUGACCCCUUUGACCCUAGCGGAGGAGAACCAGAAAUCCCCACAAUCGAACCUGAUGUUCCCCCUGACAUUGACCCUAAUGACCCUGAUAUCCCACCCGACAUUGACCCUCCUCCAAUCGAACCCGACCCACCCGAAAUCGACCCCAAUGACCCCGACACCGGACGAGACCCAGAAGGAGGAGAUUAUGAUGUUCCUCCUCCGGAUUUAGAAAAUCAGCUAAAAAUUCUUAAAAUUUGUCAAACUAAUGCCAAAAAGAAAAUAGAAGAAUUGCUUGCCUCUACCGAAUGUCCUUACAAAAUUCUUGACAAAAAAAACAAAACUUAUCAUUGUAAUUCAACUCCUAUUAACCCAAUGGCAAAUUCAAGCUAUACUCCCACUGGCAAUUUUAUGGCUGAUGCCGGGAGAUAUACUGAAUGUGAAUGUGGAGAAACUGUCCGUCGUAAUUGA